GGGCACUGUGAUGCAGCAGGGCAGCUGCUGGCCCAGCAUGUCUGUCCCCGGCCCCCUCCCGCCCAGUGUGUCACAACAGCGGAGGCGGCUGUAUCUAGAGCAGUUGGGGUGGGCAGGCCCAGCUGGGAGGCAAGCCGGCGAGGAGAGCAGCCGCCAUGCGGGAGUGCAUAUCAGUCCACGUGGGUCAAGCAGGAGUUCAGAUUGGCAAUGCCUGCUGGGAGCUCUUCUGUCUGGAACAUGGCAUCCAGGCAGAUGGCACCUUUGGUGUCCAGGCCAGCAAGGUCAACGACGAUGACUCAUUCACCACCUUUUUCAGUGAAACUGGAAAUGGGAAACAUGUGCCUCGGGCUGUCAUGGUAGAUCUGGAGCCUACUGUAGUAGAUGAAGUUCGGGCAGGAACCUACCGUCAGCUCUUCCAUCCAGAGCAGCUGAUCACAGGGAAGGAGGAUGCAGCUAACAACUAUGCCCGGGGCCACUACACAGUGGGCAAGGAGAGCAUCGACCUGGUGCUGGACCGCAUACGGAAGCUGACAGAUGCCUGCUCCGGCUUGCAGGGCUUUCUGAUCUUCCACAGUUUUGGAGGGGGCACUGGCUCUGGCUUCACUUCUCUGCUGAUGGAACGGCUCUCCCUAGAUUAUGGCAAGAAGUCCAAGCUAGAGUUUGCUAUCUACCCAGCCCCUCAGGUCUCUACUGCAGUGGUGGAGCCCUACAACUCCAUUCUGACCACCCACACCACACUGGAACAUUCAGAUUGUGCUUUUAUGGUGGACAAUGAAGCCAUCUACGACAUCUGCCGCAGGAACUUAGACAUCGAGCGCCCCACCUAUACCAACCUCAACCGCCUCAUCAGCCAGAUUGUGUCCUCCAUCACUGCCUCUCUCCGCUUUGAUGGGGCCCUUAAUGUGGACCUCACUGAGUUCCAGACCAACCUGGUGCCCUACCCCCGCAUCCACUUCCCACUGGUCACUUAUGCACCCAUUAUAUCUGCUGAGAAAGCCUAUCAUGAACAACUCUCUGUGGCUGAGAUAACCAGCUCCUGCUUUGAGCCCAACAGCCAGAUGGUGAAGUGUGACCCAAGACAUGGGAAGUACAUGGCCUGUUGCAUGCUCUACCGGGGGGACGUGGUACCUAAGGAUGUGAAUGUCGCUAUUGCCGCCAUCAAGACCAAGAGGACUAUUCAGUUUGUAGACUGGUGUCCCACAGGCUUUAAGGUGGGCAUCAACUAUCAGCCACCCACUGUGGUGCCAGGAGGGGACCUGGCCAAAGUCCAGCGGGCUGUUUGCAUGCUGAGCAACACAACUGCAAUUGCGGAGGCCUGGGCCCGUCUGGACCACAAGUUUGACCUCAUGUACGCCAAGCGGGCCUUUGUGCACUGGUAUGUUGGAGAGGGAAUGGAAGAAGGAGAAUUUUCUGAGGCCAGGGAGGACCUGGCUGCUCUGGAGAAGGAUUAUGAAGAAGUGGGGACUGAUUCAUUUGAAGAAGAAAAUGAAGGGGAGGAGUUUUAAAUAUAACACUUUCCCCUUGGCUGUGUCUCUUUAUUUAUGCUUCUUCACUCAAAGCACAUUUAACUAUUCCAAGAUUAAUAGACUACACUCCUAAGCCCAGCCUAAUUUCUGUUUUCCAUUGGAAGAGGCAUCUGACACCAGUGCCUGGGCGAAAAUCGAGGCUGAGCUGUUCAGACCCUCCCUUGGGUAAAAGUAGCUUUGUGUCACUAAAAAAAAAUGAGAGUCACUGUCUCUAGGUUAGGGUGAAGCAGGUUACAUGUUGUGAAGAGGCCUAAUCAGGAUUUUAAACGCUGAAUUAGUCUGGGCCCACCUCAAAAUGCAGCCUACUGGCUGUGGAAGGAUCUGAGCAUUGGAAGAUUCCAGGAAGAGAGUGGCACUUUUAGAGAGUGAGAAGACAGACACAUUUCCUGCCCUUGUAAAAACACAAAUAAAUGAAUGAGAUAAUUCAGGUAGUGUUAACUGAUAGAAAGUUAAAAAAAAAAACGUGAUGAGGGAAAAUUGUCUGGGAAUGCUCCUUUAACCUGGGUGGUCAGAAAAGGCCCCAUGGAGACCUGAGCAACAGAAGAGAGCAUCAUUUGAAAUUCUGGAGUUAGAGAAUGCUGGACAUAGAAUAAAACAUAGAUGUGGGAACAAGCUUAUUGUGAGAUGGAGAUGAGAUCUGAGAACCAAGCUGGGGCCAGAGCAUACUUAGUCUAUAGACCAUGGUAAGGAGUUCAGAUUUUUCUCUAAGUGAAACAAAAAUUUGGAAGGUUUAAAGCAGGAUAUAAUAUACUUUAUAUAUGUACAUACCUUAUCUCUAAUCCUCCCAAUAAUCUCAAAUGGAUAUUCUGCUCAUUUUAUAGAUGAAGAAACUGGGGUUUACAGAGUUGAUAUAUUGCACAAAGUAAGAAGAGCUCAGAGAUCAGGGACUACUAAUUCUAUUCUCUUUUGUCUACCCUACACUGUUUCUAUGCCUUGGUAUCUGUGUCCAGGUUUCAACUGCUGCUUCAUAGAAUGAUGGAUGGAGGAGAAAUAAAAGUCUAUAACACUUACAAAAGA